CAAGGCUAUGAGAUGGCAGUCUCCCCUGACACGAAGUAUUUCCCUGCUGACUGGCUGGGGGAUGAGGUUUCUGGAGCUACCCUGGGAAUUGUGGGAAUGGGCACCAUUGGUUACAAAGUGGCUGAAAGAGCCAAAGCCUUUGAAAUGAAGAUUUUGUACCACAACAGGAGCCAGAGAAAAAAGGAAGAAGAAAGUGCCAUUGGAGCUAUUUACUGUAAGAAGAUAGAUGAUUUGCUCCAGCAGUCAGAUUUUGUGAUGCUGGCUGUGAACCUGACUCCACAGACACACAAACUGAUUGGGAAGAGGGAGCUGGAGCUGAUGAAACCUACUGCUACUCUUAUUAAUAUCAGCAGAGGUCUGGUAGUGGAUCAGGAUGCUCUGGUGGAAGCCCUUCAGAACAAAGUUAUUAAGGCAGCUGCUUUGGAUGUGACAUAUCCUGAACCUUUGCCAAGGGAUCACCCUUUGCUAAAGCUGAAGAAUGUUAUAAUAACUCCCCACAUUGGAAGUGCCACCAAGAAGACACGCCGCAUCAUGAUGGAGGAAACGGUAGAGAGCAUCCAGGCAGGCCUUGUGGGUCUUCCUAUCCCUCGUGAGGUGUUGCUGUAA